AUGGCAUCGGCUGCACCUGCCAACAUCCAGAAGGGAGGACAAUCCGAUCCGCUCAAUGGGGACGAUCCGAAUGGUGUAGGUGAGACGGAGGUGCUCUCAGGGUCUCAAAAGCUUCACAGGAAGCUCCGCGGGCGUGAGGUUCAGCUCUUUGCGGUAGGAGGAGCUAUCGGUACAUCGCUCUUUGUACAAAUGGGCGCGGCCUUACCCAAGGGUGGCCCGGCGGGCCUCUUUAUCGGAUUCAUGGCGUACGGUACAAUCGCUCUGGCCGUUAAUGAAUGUUUUGCGGAGAUAGUUUGCUACAUGCCCAUUCCAUCGCCCUUCGUGCGGUUGGCCGGACAUUGGGUAGACGAUGCGUUGAGCUUCGCAAUGGGCUGGAAUUACUUCUUGGCCAUGGCGCUUAACAUUCCUUAUGAGAUUGUUGCAAUCAAUGUUCUGCUUACCUACUGGACCGACAAGGUCCCUGCUGCUGCAGUUGUUGUGAUAGUCAUGGCCAUCUUUGGGAUAUUGAACGUCCUCACCGUUCGCUACUUCGGCGUUGCUGAGUUCUACUUAUCGUUCUUCAAGAUAUUCUUGAUGCUGGGCUUGUUUCUAUACACGAUCGUCACCAUGGUGGGCGGCAAUCCCCAUCGUGAUGCUAUUGGAUUCCGAUACUGGAACGACCCAGGGGCAUUUGUCUCACAUCUGGUGCCCGGAGACACUGGCCGCUUUCUUGGGAUCCUGAGCUGCAUGAUCCAAGGCGCAUUCACUAUCACAAUGGGAGUGCUAAUGGUUAUGCGGGCGGGUAGAAUAGUAGGGCCAGAAUUUAUAUCCAUGGCGGCUGGUGAGUCUGAGCGACUUCGGAGAGUCAUGCGGAAAGCAUUCGCAUCAUUUGGUUGGCGCCUUAUGUUUUUCUUCUGUAUGGGAGCACUCUGUGUUGGGAUUGUGAUCCCGUCCAACGACCCUACGUUGGCGGCCAUGCUGGACGGUACAAAGCAGGGCAGGGGGACCGGCGCCGCGUCUCCCUAUGUCAUUUCCAUGAACCACUUCGGCAUCCAAGUCCUACCGGACAUUGUCAAUGUGCUAAUCAUGACCUCUGUCCUGUCCGCCGGAAACAACGUCGUAUUUUCCGCCUCGCGGACGCUAUACGGCAUGUCUUUAGAGAACAAGGCGCCGAAAUGGGUUUCCAAAACGAACCGAGCAGGAUUGCCAUACAACGCAGUGGUUAUAGCCAUGGCAUUCUGCCUCCUCGGUUUCCUACAAGUCAGCAAUAGCUCGGCCACUGUCCUGAAUUGGCUGGUCAGUUGCAUCGCAGGCUCCUACCUCCUCAACUAUUUCGGAACAUGCAUCACCUACCUACAUUUCUACGCCUCACUGCGUCGUCAGGGCAUCUCACGCGAUAAUUUCCCCUAUCGGGGUCGCUUCCAGCCCUACACGGCGUGGUACGCUCUUUGCGGAACGGGAGUGAUGGUCCUGGUCUUGGGGUAUAACGUCUUUCUCUCCGGUGGCUGGGAUCUGAAGUCGUUCUUUCUUAACUAUGUUAUUAUUGGGUUUUACGUGCUCACUUUCGUGUUCUGGAAGAUAUUCCGACGCACGCGAUACGUGGGGAUCGGCAAGGCGGAUCUCCAGUUAGGGAGUAUCAAACGAGAGAUUGAUGAGUAUGAGGAGGUGGAGUAUGCUCGUAGAAGAGGGAAACCGGUGGCCUUGCUGGAUCGGUUGUUCGAGUAG